AUGCUCAAAACAAAACCUCCCUCUUGCCUAAUCUCCCGCCAUCUCUCUCUUCCAAACCUUAACAACUUCCAAAACCAACAAGAACAUCAUCAAACUCUAACUGAAAAGCUCUUGUCUCUUAUAAGACAAUGCAAAUCCAAAAGCCCACUACUACAAAUCCACACACAAAUACUUAUAAACUCAAUACCCAAACCCAAUUUCCUUCUCUCCAAAAUCAUUGACCUCAAAGACUUCACCUAUGCGUCUCUUGUUUUUAACCAUAUCACCGAACCCAAUAUUUAUGCCUUCAAUGUCAUGAUUCGUGGGUUAGCUACCACAUGGAAAAAGUAUGAUUUUUGUAUUGAAUUUUAUUACAAGUUGAAGUCUUUAGGCCUGAAACCAAAUAAUUUUACAUACCCUUUUGUGUUUAUAGCGUGUGGGAAUGUUUGGGGUUUAGUUCAUGGGAAGAUUGGACAUUGCAUGGUGUUUAAGAUUGGUUUGGAUUGUGACGAGUAUGUGAAGCAUUCUUUGAUUACAAUGUAUGGUAGGUGUGGUGAAAUGGGGUUUGCACGGAGGGUGUUUGAUGAAAUGGGUGACAGAGAUUUGGUGUCAUGGAAUUCGAUGAUUUCAGGGUAUGCUAAAAUGGGUUUUGCUAAGGAGGCAAUUGGGUUGUUUAUGGAAAUGAGGGAGGAGGGGUUUGAACCGGUUGAGAUGACGCUGGUGAGUGUUCUUGGGGCGUGCGGGGACUUGGGGGAUUUGGAUUUGGGGAGGUGGGUGGAGGGUUUUGUUUUGGAGAAGAAGAUGGAUGUGAAUUCGUAUGUGGGGUCUGCUUUGAUUGAUAUGUACGGGAAGUGUGGGGAUUUGACUUCAGCGAGGAGGGUCUUUGAUGCAAUGCCGAAGAAGGAUGUUGUCACUUGGAAUGCCAUGAUCACAGGAUAUGCACAGAAUGAAGCGUCCAAAGAAGCAAUUACACUUUUCAAUGUAAUGAGAGACGCAGGACCUAAUCCAGAUAGAGUUACAGUGAUUGAAGUACUGUCUGCAUGUUCCUUCAUUGGGGCCCUUGAUUUGGGGAAAUGGGUUGAGACAGAUGCAUCAGAAAGAGGUUUACAGCACGAUGUCUACAUUACUAGUGCAUUAAUUGAUAUGUAUGCAAAAUGUGGGAGUUUAGAUGAUGCACUCAGGGUUUUUGAGAGCACGCCCCAUAAAAAUGAGGUCUCAUGGAAUGCCAUGAUUUCCGCUCUUGCUUUUCAUGGGCGGGCCCAGGAGGCUUUAUCAUUAUUCAGAUGCAUGUCACAGGAUAAUGGCAAUGUUCAACCUAAUGACAUAACUUUCAUAGGAGUACUUUCUGCAUGUGUGCAUGCUGGACUAGUUGAUGAGGGCCGCCAAUUGUUUGAAUCGAUGAAGUCGUCAUUUGGAUUGGUCCCAAAAGUCGAGCAUUAUUCUUGCAUGGUUGAUCUUUUUGCACGUGCAGGACUUCUAUAUGAAGCAUGGGACUUGCUCAAGAAGAUGCCUGGAAAACCAGAUGAAAUUGUAUUGGGGUCUUUGCUUGGUGCCUGUCAGAAGCGAAGAAAUGCAGAUGUUGGUGAAAAGGUCAUUCACUUGCUUCUAGAGAUGGAGCCAUCGAACUCGGGAAAUUAUAUUCUCUCAUCUAAGAUAUAUGCAAAUAUGAGAAGGUGGGAUGACUCAGCAAAGAUGAGGGUGUUAAUGAGGCAGCGGGGUGUCUCUAAGACCCCUGGCUGUAGCUGGAUUGACAUCAGAGCUCAUAUUCACGAAUUUCAUGCUGGUGACAGCUUGCACCAUCAUUCUGUAAACAUAUACCAAUUGCUUAACGAGGAGAUGAAGAGGGAAGGUUACAUUCCAAAUAUUGAUUGCACAUAG